GCGUAGGUCAUAUGAUCGCUCCCCUCCCAAGAUGGCGGACAAUUUGCCCUCGGAGUUUGAUGUGGUGGUGAUAGGAACCGGUUUGCCUGAAUCUAUCAUUGCAUCUGCAUGCUCAAGAAGUGGCCAGAGGGUUCUACAUGUUGACUCGAGAAAUUACUAUGGAGGAAACUGGGCCAGUUUUAGCUUUUCAGGAUUAUUGUCCUGGAUUAAGGAAAACCAGGAAAAGACUGAUGUCAGAGAGGACAGUGAAGAUUGGAGAAAAUUGAUCCUUGAAACAGAAGAAGCUAUUUCUCUUAAUAAGAAGGAUAACACCAUUCAGCAUGUAGAAGAUGUCUGCUAUGCUAGUCAGGAUUUAGCUGAAGAUGUUAAAGAAGCUGGUGCAUUGUCAAAGCUGCCUGCCUUUGGAGCUUCUGAUACUAGCGAGGCUGCUCAGGAGUCUGAAAAAGAGUGCCUGCCUGUGGAAAGCCAGUCAUUAGGGACCGAGAGCUGUGAAAUAUCUCCAGAAAGUGUUACGUGCAAUGAUCCGGAGAGUAUGACAGAAAGGAAGGAUGCAGAAAUGACCUCUGAGAGAGAGAACCUCUGUGAUGCAACUUUUGACCAGUCUGCUUUGGAAACAGGAAAAACAGAAAAUGUAUCAACUGCAGAAGCUGCUGCCUUGGACCCAAAGAAAAUUACUUACACGCAAAUUGUUAAAGAAGGCAGGAGAUUUAAUAUUGAUUUAGUUUCCAAGCUGCUCUAUUCCCGGGGACUAUUAAUUGACCUCCUAACUAAGUCUAAUGUUAGCCGUUACGCGGAGUUCAAAAAUGUCACCAGGAUUCUUGCAUUUCAAGAAGGAAGAGUGGAACAGGUACCUUGUUCCAGAGCAGAUGUCUUCAACAGCAAAAAGCUCACUAUGGUGGAAAAGAGAAUGCUAAUGAAAUUUUUGACAUUUUGUUUGGACUAUGAACAACAUCCCGAUGAAUACCAAGAUUACAAGGAAUGUACAUUUUCAGAAUACUUGAAAACCCAGAAAUUAACAUCUAACUUGCAGCACUUUAUUCUGCAUUCUAUUGCAAUGGUGUCGGAGGCUGACAGUGACACCAUAGAUGGGCUCAAGGCAACAAAGCACUUUCUUCAGUGUCUUGGCCGCUAUGGCAAUACACCCUUUUUGUUUCCUUUGUAUGGUCAAGGAGAGAUCCCACAAUGCUUCUGCAGGAUGUGUGCCGUAUUUGGUGGAAUCUAUUGUCUUCGCCAUUCAGUACAGUGCCUUGUAGUGGACAAAGAAUCUGGACGAUGUAAAGCACUCAUAGAUCAUUUUGGGCAAAGAAUAAGUGCUAACUAUUUUGUGGUGGAAGACAGUUACCUUUCAGAGAAAACUUGCACAAAUGUGUGCUACAGGCAGAUCUCAAGAGCAGUGCUCAUUACAGAUCAAUCCAUACUAAAGACAGAUUCAGACCAGCAGAUUUCCAUUUUGACAGUGCCACCAGUGGAAAGAGGGCAGCCAGCAGUUCGAAUCAUUGAGUUGUGUUCUUCAACCAUGACGUGCAUGAAAAACACCUACUUGGUUCAUUUUACCUGCUCAUCAACUAAAACUGCUAAAGAAGAUUUAGAGCCUGUUGUACAGAAGCUGUUCUCCCUAAGUGCUGAAGCAGAGAGAGAGUCCGAAAAUGGAGGAGGACUGGAAAAGCCCAGAGUCCUAUGGGCAGUAUACUUCAACAUGAGAGAUUCUUCAGGCAUUGACAGGAAUUCAUAUGACUGUUUACCCUCAAACGUCUAUGUCUGUUCUGGGCCAGAUUGUGCAUUAGGAAAUGACUAUGCUGUCAAACAGGCUGAGACACUUUUUCAAGAAAUGUUUCCUAAGGAAGAAUUCUGUCCACCACCACCAAAUCCAGAAGAUAUAAUCUAUGAUGGAGAUGGGGCUCAGCCAGAAGACCCUGGAUUCAGUAGUUCAUCCAAUAUAAAAACAGAGCCCUCGCCCAAGGAAAGCAGUGAUGGAGAUAGCUGUAAAGUUUCAGAAGAACAUCAUAAAGAAUAGAAUGUACUGAGAUUGAACCCAGUAUCACUAUCAUCUCAGUGGAAGAGUUUGACUUAGUCGGGGGCGGGGAGUAGUACAAGCAGUUGUAUGUACUAUAUACCAUCUCCUUACUUAGGAUGAAUAAUAUCUUACUUUUUAAGUAGCCUCAUUUGAUUUCGAUGGGCCUGCUUAUAAUUGAGUAAUACUCAACCUGUCACAGGGAGGUUAUCAGAGCUGGAUCCAGAAUCCUAAAAUAAAACAUUUCAUUUUCAAA